CUGCGAUCAUCUCCUUGAACAAGCAUCCUCACAUUCAUUCAAGAUAAUCCAGCAACAUGUCCGAUUCCAUCCUUUUCGAUUCACAAUUCACAGUCAAGGCAAUCGAUCCAGAUGGAAAAAAGUUUGACAGAGUAUCCCGAAUCGUAGCCCAUUCCUCCUCGCUGAGUAUGGACAUGUCUAUCGAUAUCGCUACAGACAUCUACCCCGUAUCCGCCAAUCAAAAUCUAACAGUUGUGAUCGCAUCUACAUUGGGAAGAGGAGAUUCAACAGAAGAUUCAGAAGCAUGGCGAAUUGACAAAGCGAGCGGAUUGGCAGAUGAAUAUGACUAUGUUAUGUACGGAAAAGUAUACAGAUAUGAUGAUUCAGCAUCAGACAUCGUUACCGUUUACGCAAGCUUUGGAGGACUUUUGUUAGCCUUAACAGGAUCUUAUCGUCAUUUGAGCAAUUUGGCCGUUGGUAGCAACGUUUAUCUGCUCAUUCGUUAAAAGGAAGCAAAAAUGCACUAGUUUCGAGUUUCGAGUCUCAAAAUGUAAUAUUACAAGCAAGCCAUAAAGAUGUGUUGAAUCCAUAUUGUACAAAUG